AUGGGCCAUAUGAUUGAUCUCAUGAGGAAUAGUACGGUGUAUGAUAAAACUCGGACAGUACAGAUAUGGAUCCCAGUGGAACCUUUCCUAAAUGUCCAUGGGGCUGAGCAGAAAUUCGGAAUAGUUACUUACAAUUCUAGUCAGCAGUUUAAUGUAAAAAAUGCUUCUAUAAUGUCUGAAGUCAUACGAAUUGAAGUUGUUGGACGUGACAUUGUGAAUUUGACAAAUCCACUUAAAAUACGUUUCCCAGUGAAUAGUUACAAAAACGACUCAAACAAAAGCUACAUAUAUUCCUGUCAAUACUAUGAUGAACAAGGAAACACCUGGAAAGCAGAUGGCUGUAACACCACUCAGAUCAAUGAUACUGUUGUGGAGUGCUCCUGUGACCACAUGACCCCUUUUGCUGUGCUUCUAGUUGAGGUGAAUAACAUUGAUAGACAGCAAUGGGAAAUCUUGUCGUACAUCAGCUACGUAGGCUGCAGUCUGUCUGUGGUCUUUUCUGCUUCCUCUAUCUUGUCGUUCAUUUUCAACAGGAACGCAAGAGCAGAAGUGUCCAGCAGCAUUCAUGUGUCUCUAAGCGGCGCUCUGUUUCUCCUCAACAUAAGCUUCAUGUUCAGUGAGUGGGCCGCUGCAUGGACAGUGGAAGAAGUCUGCAUGUUUAUUGCUGUGACGAUACACUACAGCCUGCUGUGUUCUUUCACCUGGAUGGCCAUUGAAGCCUUGCACCUCUACCUUCUUCUGGCAAGAGUGUUCAACAUUUACAUCAAAUACUACAUGUUCAAGUUGUCCCUGAUCGGAUGGGGAGUCCCUGCUGUUCUUGUUGGAAGUUUGCUGUCAGUUCAGCAACUCACCCGUCCAUUCUAUGGCGCCAGAAAUGUGACCUUAUCAAAUUCGAAAGCCACAAAUCCAGUUUGCUGGAUCACAGAGCCUCUCAUCCUGUAUGGCGUGAACCUUUCCUACUUCACCCUCGUAUUCGUGUUCAACACAAUAAUUCUAAUCACAGUCUCCAGACAGAUCUUUAAGCUAAAGAAAGUGAACAACAAGCAUAAGAAAAUACCAGUGAAGGAUGCCAGCACAGUGCUGGGCCUCAUGUGUCUGCUGGGUACAUCAUGGGGUUUGGUUUUUCUUAGCUCUGGAUAUACCAGCUACACAAUACUCUACAUAUUCUGCAUUUCAAACACAAUGCAAGGCUUUUCUAUCUUUCUGUGGAUGUGUCGGACAGCAAGGCCAGAAAAACAUACAGCUCAUACCAAGUCUUUAUCCACUGUGGACACCUUCACUAUUGAAAAACAAAAGGAAUCAAAAUGA